UUAGAAUGCACGCCGAGGCCGCCGGGCGGUGCCUAAAGAAGAAGCCCCGCCCCGCCCUCGACGUCCACACGGCGGACAAGCCGCGCUGCUCGCUACUAGCCUACUUUUAUAACCUCCUUGCCGGUCUUAACGUUCAGCCCGCAUUGGCUACUGGGCGUCGGGCCGCAAAGCCGCCGAGGAUGGCUCAUUUAACGAAGAACCCCGCCGACAAAGAGCGCUUCAUCUGUGUCUACCCAGUCUACAUCAACAGUAAGAAGACUCUGGCAGAAGGAAGAAGAAUCCCUGCUGACAAGGCGGUGGAGAACCCUUCUUGCGCCGAGAUCCGAGACGUCCUGACGGCGGCCGGCAUGAACGUGUACAUGGAGAACAAGAUGCAUCCCCGGGAGUGGAACCGGGACGUGCAGUUCAAAGGUCGGAUCAGAGUUCAGCUGAAGCAGGAGGACGGCAGCUUGUGUCUCGACAGCUUCGCCACCCGUAAAGAUGUCAUGUUCUACGUGGCCGAGAAGAUCCCCAAACUGAAGACACGCACGCAGAAGAGCGGCGGGGGAGAAAGCAGUACUCUGCAGGGCGAUGGCGGCAAGAAGACCAAGAAGAAGAAGAAAUGAGCCCACUCCUUUUUCCACUUGCUCUCUUCUUCUGAGACUCUGAAAGGCACACCUGUCUCUUCUUCUGAGACUCUGAAAGGCACACCUGUCACAUCCUGCCUGAGGAAGGAAGGCCUUUUUUUACAUUUUAAUUCAGAAGAUGUCUUUAGUUUUCAAAUGAAUGGAAUAAACAAUCUUUCGUUUAUUCAGGUUUAAAAGGCUCAGUACACACUAAUAAACACUAAAUAUCAAGCAG